UUAAAGUUUGAGGUUAAAAUUCAUGAUCAAUGUGCUGGGAAGUGUGCGUAUUACAUUAUGAAACGGAAUAUAAAGACGUUAACGUUUUGGUACUUCUUAACAUUUCUUAGGACGUAUGCAUGUAUAGAUGUCGUCCUUUCAACGGACCGUGAAUUUGCCACAGAAAAUUCAACGUUGACAUUCAGUUGCUCAACAGCGACACACUAUGAAGUAGUCAGUUUCUCAAACAAUUCAAUUUCCAUUGAUCAGAUACGUUAUUAUAAUGGUGUUUGUGAAACGGCAAUUACAAGCGCGUCUUGUUCCUGUGUAAACCUCACGACGUACAUGUGUACAACAAACACUCUAACUAGAUUGAAUAACAAUGAGCAAUGGCAAUGCAUAGCAAUUCGGAAUGGCUUUGGAAUUAAAAGCAAUCCUGUUUAUAUCGUUGUGAAAGUACCAAUUAGAUUGGCUACAAUAAGCCCUGACUUGCUCGAUCCAAUGACAAUUACCGAAGGUGAUACAAUGCGGCUCACAUGCGAGGCACCACACGGUAUACCUGUGGCAAAUAUCAGCUGGUACAUGGACAAUAAAACAGAUUGCUACUACGGCGAUGAUUAUAUCUUAAAUUAUUCGAAUCUUGAGGUUACUGAAAAUAGUGACAGAACAUACACCACUGAGAGCACCCUAACGUACACUGUAAGCAGGGAAAAACACGGCAUAGGGGUGUAUUGCAAUGCAAGUAAUGAAGGGAACCACCAAGUAUCGAGCAAAACGAUCCGUUUUAACGUAAGAUACCUACCAGAGAAGCUCGUUUACAUAAAUGGUCACCAAAGUUAUGGAGCUUUCUACAUGAUUCGGAAUUCGGCCACAAAACAGUAUCUGCAGUGUUCUGUUCAUGGUGGAAAUCCCCUCGCAAACCUGUCAUGGUCCUGUUACAAUGGCACUCAGACUGACAUGAAAACUCCAUCCAGUGCUGUCAGCAAUGUGUCUUGGUUUGCUGGUGAAUGGAAUGAAUCGACGUGUACCUGCCUCGCCUCUCACGUUCUUGGGUGGUCUCAGUUGCAUGCAGUGUCCGUUCACGUCCUGUUUCAACCGACUCUAAUAAAAUGCAAGGUCGGUACAGAAACACUGUCCCCGGGUAUUCUAAACGUCACAAUAUUUUCAAAUGUUACAUUAACUUGCGAAAGCCUCGGCAAUCCUAAACCAAACAAUUUCACCUGGAUAUGGCCAACAAAUAAUAUAUCUACAGGACAACUGCUAUCGUUCAGAAAUAUUCAACGUUGGAUUCAAGGAAGUUACACCUUGUUGGUCGAAAAUGUUAUGAGCCCGAGCAUUGGACCGACCGUCAAGGGAUAUGCUAAUGCAUCAUUUGACAUGCAUGUUCAAUAUCACCCAGUCAAACCUCACUUCAAAUAUGAAACAAAUAACAUGAUUAUAACAUCGAACAGCAUUUCGGUAAUAAGGAAUGAAGAAAUAAGCAUUGCCUGUAUUACUGACGGAAAUCCGCCACCAACUUACACUUGGUCAACAGGACAUGCGGGGAAAAUACUCACUACAGCUUUCACCAGUGAUACAUACGUAUCAUGUGAAGUUUCCAAUACAUUAUACCCUAGUGGUUACCAAAGUAAUCAAGCUACGGACGAUUCAAGUAUCAAAAUAAACGUUUUAUAUCCGCCAGGUACUCCUGUUUUAUCGAUUUAUUCAACGUGCAUAAAAAACUCUACGUUAGAACAAAAUGUUCUUCGAGUAUUAGAACUUGAUCGAGUGAGAGUGGAAUGCAUUGCGGCCGGAAAUCCGGAGCCCACUUGCCAAUGGACCAAUCAUUCACAAUCGUGUACACUUGAUAUUACAAAAGCCUCUAAAGAUGACACAGGAACUUAUGUUUGCCUAGCUUCCAACACAAUGAACACAUCAUACGGAAGUACAGUUGUGGGACGAAAUAUUUCAUCGUUUUAUCUUGAUAUACUGUAUCCCCCAAAAAUAACAAACCGUAUUGCAUCUGUUGAGGUCCUUGAGGGUUUUAACUUCAGUUUCACUUGUGAAGCAGAGCCGGGAAAUUCAAAAGAAACAUCUUAUUAUUGGACAAGAAAACAACUGCCUGGAAUAAAUACAUUUGAUCAAUACCUCAUCAUACAGAAUAUUUCUCGAGCUGAUGAAGGCAUAUAUACAUGUCUUGCACAAAAUGUAAUGAAACCGACUGGAUGUACGGCAAUUGACGGAAGCGAUGUGAAAAAUGUUACUAUCGAUGUCCAAUAUAAGGCUUCAAUCCUAACGUUUACUGCUAUGAAUACUACGAAUACUACAGUUCACCAUGGGGAUGAAGUAAGGUUUGUGUGUGAAGUAGACAGUGACCCACCUGCUGAUAUCAGGAUAUUAUCAAAAAAUGGAUCGAUUUUAAAGAUUAUUAAUGGCAAUAAUCUGUUAACUUAUACAAAGAACAGUUCAUGCUUAGAGGACAUUGGUCUGUUUAUAUGUAUAUCAGCAAACAAGCAUAACCGUGGACAACCCGACAAAAGAAACGUCUCAGUAGAUGUUAAAUGUUCACCUUUAUAUCGACCAAAUUACUUUCAAAAUUCAACUUUCAAAACUAGACCGGGAACAAAGAUAGAACUUCAUUUCAGUGUAUUUUCGAACCCUCCACCAACCCAGUUUAUAUGGACAAACAUUUCAAACAGUAUGCAACUUCCGAUUGACACAACAUCUGACAGAGUUAUUAUCAACACUUCAGAUGACAUGUCAUCUUCUCUCAUUAUAACAAGCGCGGAACCCUGGGACUCCGGCAAUUACUCUGUAAGGGUUGAAAACGAAAUUGGCAGCAUGGUCGAAAGGUUUCACAUUGUUGUAGACAGUAACCCUGAGCCUGACGGUGAAACCUAUACGUCACCCACUUCUGACAAUGGUACUGGAUCAGUGGUAGGAGGUACAGUCGGGGCUGUGAGCUUUGUGGUAGCUGUAGCAAUUCUUAUUGCUAUUUUCUUCUAUAAAAAACGGCAAUGUCAUCACGACGGUGACCGACGAAGAGAUGGAAGUGCCUUGAAAGAUGAUACCCGAUACGAAGAUCUUACAAUGGCUUACACAAGAACGCCUACCGAUUAUUCUGACCUUGACUUCCGAUGUAGAACCGGAAUUACUACAAUGCAAACUAAAACUAAGGAGAGCGAUGUAUACGAAAACUUAAAACUGACACCAACCAAAAGUAGUGCGUUGACAUAAACGUUAAAAUUGGAAAAGUACAUCUCUGUCGUUUUGAUUUUUGAUGUUGUGUGCCACUUAUAUUGUGAAUGGUUGGAUCUUGGUUAGAUUGCUAUCCAAACUGCCUGUGUUUUAAAAAGUGAAUAUUCAAUUCAAUUUGGAAUUGGUUCCCUUUAUAAUUACGUCCUCAUAAUAAAUGUAAUAUUUAUUCUUAUAAACAUCAGUUAUUUAGAAGUAUAUGGUAUUUUCAA